AGUGUCGUCGUCCCCCCCCCCCGUCCUCCUCCUCCUGACUCAGUCUCUGACCGAGCAGCCCACGUACACGCAGGGAAGGCUAAAGCUAUCACGGUGAACAUGUCUCUGGCCAGAGAUCUCCUCCACCCUUCUCUUGACCGCGAGAGGAGACAACACAAGAAGAAAAGACUCGUUCAGAGUCCCAACUCCUACUUCAUGGACGUGAAGUGCCCAGGCUGCUACAAGAUUACCACCGUGUUCAGCCACGCACAAUCAGUGGUUCUCUGUGUGGGAUGCGCCACUGUGCUGUGCCAGCCAAAAGGAGGAAAGGCCAGACUGACCGAGGGUUGCUCUUUCAGAAGGAAGCAACAUUAAAAAGGGAUCACCUACUAAAAAAUGCCAUGCUGUUGAUAAAUACCUUAUUUUUUCCAUGGAUUACUACAUAGUUGUUCAUUCACUCAUGACAGGUUCUGUCACAGUUCAAAUGUUCAACUUUUAUGACAAAUUUCUCAAAUUAUAGCAACAUUUUUUAAAAAUGCGAAAUACACAAAUGUAAUAUCUCACUGAGCAAAUAAAGUUGUGAUAAGAACUGAA